AUGAAGAUCCUUCCGGAAGGAAAUGAGUACGUGGCUAUUUUUGCGGGUACACUAAACGCCAUCAUCAAAGCCAGUGCUAACCACGAAAAGAUUGCUGAAGGUCUGGCAGAGGGUCUAUGCACCAUUAGUGAGCACAUCGAAGAUACGGACCGGGAUCUCAAACUUUCCAAUUCUGACGACAUGUUACAUCUCGUGGCGGAUCUAUACGAACACGUCUUCCUUUUCCUCUCUAGCGUAAUGGACUGGAUCCUGGAGAAACGAUUCAGACGGUUGCUUGACUCGUUUUCGGACAACUUCAACGAAAGGUUCGAGAAUGAGAUCCGCAGAAUCAACAAGAAAGCUGAGCGAAUACGGACCUUCGCGACGCAAAGCUUGACGGCCGAGACCAGAGUCACCAGGCUUCUUGUGGAAGGACUUGACCGGGACAUGAGGCUUGGUUUGGACGGAGACAAAAGACACAGGGCAGACAUGCAACUGUUUGCUGAACGGAUUGAGCGACAAUUGUUGAAAGCUGAAGAAAGUCGGCGGGUUCAAGAUGAAAACAUGCGGAAGCUUGGUGGAGCAGUCGUGGUGCUUCUCGAAACAGAUGCUUCGAAGUGGUUGGAAAACCAGCGACUGAGCCCAGUCCUGCUAAAAAGCACUGGAAACUGGCCAGAUUCUCCAUCAAGACACAUUUCCUACACCGACGGGUUUUCACCCGCCCAUGCUCUGGUUCGAAGGUCCCACAUUGGAGUUGACGAUUUCGAGAACCCUUUGACAAGCAUCGCCGCCAAAUUUGUGGGCAUGGUCGCAGCACACCAACUUGACGUUAUCUCAUAUUUCUGUGAAGUGCCUCGCACCAGCGGACGCAAUGAUACACCGGAGGCGGAGGGCGCGAUCAGCUUGGUCUACGCACUGUUGAGGCAACUGGUCGAGAAGCUGCCUCCUCGUUUGGACACGGCUGUUGAUCUCUCCGAGGCACGGUUUGCAAAAUUGGACGGCUCAAUGAACACUUGGACAGAGGCAAUCGAGCUACUUGGGGACUUAGUGAACGUCUUGAGCGGAGUAGUUUUUUGUGUCAUCGAUGGACUUCAUUGGCUGGAUGGCGAAGGCACAGACACGCCUCUGGCACAAUUGCUCACGGCGUUGCGACACGACAGACUGAGGGUCUUUUUCACUACUUGUGGAAGAUCAGCAUGCCUUUUGGAUUAUCUCGAGAGAGAUGAGGUAUUGAUUAUGGGUGAUCUCACCAUGUUGCGGAAUGCACCUUACGAUUUCGAUAACAAGUAG